AUGGAAGGUGUCACGGCAGACGCGGCCCUUAUGAUUUUGACGUUUUUAUUUGCCGCCACAUUCACAACGGUAUUUGGACGCUACUGCGCAGAUGAUCAGAAGGUCUGGUGCCGUGGUCACGAAAUUUGGGGUUGGUGUUUUCAUAACAAGACUGACGGCAAAUUUCAUUGCGACGAUGAUGCUUUCUGCGCUAGUCAGGAACAAUUGAAGAACAAGAGAAGCACUGGAUGUUUCAUACGCGAUAAUAACACCGUAUGCUGUUGUAAUGAAGCGGAUGGCUGCAAUCUUGGUUUUAUACCAGUGACUCCGAGAUAUUCAGUUGGACAGGUUUGUUUUGAAUUUAUGAGA